UUUUCCGAGUGUUUGGGUUCUGUCUCAUGAGCUGCCCUUUUGUGGACUUGGUGUUCGUGAAGUUCCCAAGAGAAUAGAAUUUAACGAGUAUUCUUUCGUUUUGUAUUCUUUGGAUACCUUGACGCAGUUUUGUAGUGGUCCUUGAUUGAUGGAUGUGUAUGUUUUAAAUUCGUUAGAGAAACUCAAAAUAGGGUAGUACCCUAAAAAAAUAGAUAAAUAUAAAUAUUUAAUGGUUCUAUGUGACAAAUUAGAGUGGAGUGUGAGACAAAUCGCAUGUAAAUGGUAAUGGAAAAAUACGAUGACACCAACUGGCUUGAUCGGAGCCCUGGCCAAGAAGAAGAGAAAAAGACACAUGCGCAGAAACUAGAAAAGAAAAAUAACAUUUUACCAUUGUGGGGGAAUGAGCGGACCAUGAAUCUUAACCCAUUGAUUUUGACAAACAUCCAGUCAUCUCAUUACUUCAAGGUCAAUCUAUAUGAACUCAAAACAUAUCAUGAGGUCAUUGAUGAAAUUUAUUACAAGGUUACCCAUCUAGAGCCAUGGGAGAAAGGUAGCAGGAAAACAGCUGGCCAGACUGGAAUGUGUGGCGGAGUUCGUGGAGUUGGGGCAGGUGGUAUUGUCUCAACAGCUUAUUGUUUGCUAUAUAAGCUGUUUACGCUAAAGUUAACAAGGAAACAAGUGAAUGGUCUCUUAACCCAUCCAGAUUCACCUUAUAUUCGAGGCCUGGGGUUUAUGUACAUAAGGACCGAAGUCCAGCUUCAUCCUAAGAAUUACGGAGUGCAACUUUUGUGCUUCAAACCUUGUUUAACUGAAAUGGAUGUCAAAGCUGGUGGUGGCCAAGUUAUGACUAUAGGUGACAUGCUCAGAGCAUUCCUGACAAAACUGGAGUGGUUUUCAACCCUUUUUCCUAGAAUACCUGUACCUAUUCAGCAAAAACUUGAAAAAAAGAUGUUAGAAAGAUUUCCUCCUGUAGUAUCACCCUCACGGCCACUGAAGCAAUCACUACCACCACUGCAGUCAAGCAAAGAGGCAAGACAUAUCCCUGAUGAUGAAGUAUCUUUUGGGGAAGCAGAACGAUUUUCAAGGCUCAGGAGGACGGAUGCACCUCCACCAAGAGAGAGGCGGCAAUCACCAGAUAGAGCCAGAAGCAAAGAAAGGGAGAGAGAUAGGAGAAGAGCUUACAGUUCUGAGAGGCGAAAUAGUAGAGAAAAACAUCACAGAAAUAGCAGAGAAAGGAGAAGCUCUUACAGCCGUGAGAGGAGUCCUUUGCGCCAUCGAGAAAGAACACAUGUACAUAGAACAAAAAAUGGCAGGGAAACCCCUGUUCGUCGAAGCUCACCUGACGAUUUUGCUGCAGAGCUCAGAAGAGAAAAGGAACGUCAGAAACGGGAGAGAGAAAAAGAGAGGGAAAGAGAAAGAGAACGGGAUAAAGAAAAAGACCGACACAGAGAUAAAGACAGGGAUCGAGAACGGGAUAGGGAAAGAGACAGAGAAAAAUUGAGGGAAACGGACCGUUCUCGUGACAGGGCUCAUGAACGCUCUAGGGUCUGGGACAGAGAGGAUUCCCGUGACAAAGAUCGCAGUCGAGAUAAGGAUAAAGACUUGGAUCGUGCUUAUGACAAAGAGAGGGAUUAUUCUCGAGAAACACGCCAUAAAAGGAAACGGAGCUGAAAUUUGCAGACACUUUGUAUUAUUGAGUGUGUGUCUGAGAGAGAGAGAGAGAGAGAGAGAGAGAGAGAGAGAGAGAACUGUAUGCAGUCUCCGCUCUACAGAACUUACAGAUUUUGAUAUUGUGAGCUGUAUGACUGCUGUAUAGGUGGCUGUAUUUGCUAUUACUUCUAAUUUGUGAGAAGUUGAUACAAAGAUCAUUUAAAUUAAAACUGGGAACAAUACAAUUUGAUAGAUUAAAUAUCUCAAAUCAUUACAAGAAAUGCAAGAACUAUUUUUGAUCAUCAAAAAUUUCAGCUUUUAUUUUGAAACAAAGGAAAUUUGUUUUGAGCUUUAUUUCAAGAGUGGUUCUGGAAUUGUUAAAAGAUGGCAUAGUGUGAGAAUUUUUGUAAAGAAAUAUUAACUAAAUUAUUAAAAAUGUGAGACUGCGUGUUAGCCAUGUGUGAGCCUAUGAAAGCAGUUCAUUGCAUAUCACUUUCAAGUAGUGUGUUUUAUUUGUUUGACUAUAGAAUUAAGUCUACAGAAAUGUAAUUUACUUGUAGAUAAAAGUAUACCCCAAACAUGUUUCCUCACUAAAACUUGGUCAAAUUUGUGCCUAAUUUUUCACCUUCUACCAGUAGAGUUUGUGGAGAUAACUGUUAAGGUUGCCUGAUAUUUACUGGUUUGAAAUGCUUUUACUUCAAGCACGUCAAAACAAUACUGUUUGUGCAGUAAGGAUCGUCGUUGUAGUCACCAGCCUCAAACUGAUAUGAGGUCUGUCACACACAGGUCCCAUUCUAGAUAACAGUCCAUAAUUGUUACGAGUGAAGAUCACAGAAUGUGAGCCUGAAUGAAAACACUAAUGCCAUAUCGGUACCAGUUAAAAUAUUAUCUUAACUGUGUGUUUGAGCUGAAGUACUAAGACGUCAAUGAUCUAUCAUUACAAAGUAAUCAGAAAUGCCUUGAUUACAAACAACGGCUCAGUACAAAGCAGAUUUAAUAUCAAUUACCACAAUUUGUUCGGCUAAAUCAAAGAUCGACUCAUCCAGUGUUGAAUAACAGUCUUGACAUUGUUCCAGUGCUUCACAUAAUGAUAUUUUGUAUUUAACAAGAUAUGAACUUUUUGUUGAUACGUUCCCCCCUCU